AUCUCCGAGCCACCCUCUAGGUGGCGCUAAUGCGCCUUCAUGUUGUAAGGUAACCGUUUAGCUUAACCUCAAGGAGAAGAAGAACUGCAUCUGAUGACAGUCAACAUGGCGUUCAGUUUUGGCGGCGCCACGAGUAGCACAGCGGCAAACACGUCGGGGUUUUCAUUCGGUUCGUUCGGUGCCAAAACCACAGCAUCAACAGCAUUCGGCUUUGGCUCCACACCGACCACCACCACCACCGCCGCCGCAUCCGGAUUCGGCACUCUCACAGCUCCUGGUUUUGGGGCAGCCACCACAACUGCUGCUGCACCAGCCACAGGAUUUAGUUUUGGCUCCACCAACACUGGCGCGUUUGGUGGCUUUGGGACGACUACAACAACUGCCGCUGCGCCAGGGUCUACUUUUAGUUUUGCUGCUCCUACCAACACCACAGGAAGCCUGUUUGGUAACAUGCAGAACAAAGGGUUUGGGUUCUCCUCUGGACUUGGCACUGGUACCACAACUGGGACAACAGGAUUUGGAACUGGAUUAGGAGCGACUGGCCUGGGUGGGUUUGGGGGCUUUAAUAUCCAGCCAACUCAGCCGCAGCAAGGAGGUUUGUUUGCCCAGCAGGCCCAGCAACCAGGUCAGGCUCAGCCCACCCAGCUUUACCAGCAGGUCACUGCUCUGUCUGCGCCCACCUUGUUAGGAGAUGAGCGUGACUCCAUCCUCGCCAAAUGGAACCAACUGCAGGCGUACUGGGGAACUGGAAAGGGCUUCUACAGCAACAACAACCCACCUGUUGAGUUUACACAGGAGAACCCAUUCUGCAGGUUCAAGGCGGUGGGCUAUAGCUGCAUCCCAGUGAGUAAGGAUGAGGAUGGGUUAGUUGUCUUGGUUCUCAAUAAAAAGGAAGCUGAUGUGCGAGCUCAGCAGCAGCAGCUGGUGGAGUCCCUCCACAAGGUCCUUGGAAACAACCAGACACUCACGGUCAAUGUAGAUGGUGUUAAAGCCCUGCCCAGCGACCAGACAGAGGUGAUCGUUUAUGUGGUGGAGCGUUCGCCUAAUGGCACUUCCAAGCGUAUCCCCUCCACCACACUCUUCAGUUAUCUGGAGCAGGGCAACAUCAAAGUCCAGCUCACACAGCUGGGAGUCGCCAUGUCGGUCACACGCACAGAGCUUUCUCCAGCACAGCUCAAACAGCUGCUGCAAAAUGCACCUGCAGGCGUGGACCCCAUCAUUUGGGAGCAGGCUAAGGUGGACAACCCUGAUCCAGAGAAAUUAAUCCCAGUGCCUAUGGUGGGGUUUAAGGAGCUACUUUGCAGGCUACAGAUCCAGGAGCAGAUGACCAAACAGCACCAGACUAGAGUGGAUAUUAUCUCCAAUGACAUCAGUGAACUGCAGAAGAACCAAGCAACCACAGUGGCCAAGAUUGCCCAGUACAAGAGGAAGCUAAUGGACCUCUCUCACAGAGUGCUGCAGGUGCUGAUUAAACAGGAGAUUCAGAGAAAAAGUGGUUAUGCUAUCCAAGUGGAUGAGGAGCAUCUCCGGGUGCAGCUGGACACCAUUCAGUCUGAACUCAAUGCCCCCACACAGUUCAAGGGUCGGUUGAAUGAAUUGAUGUCCCAAAUCCGGAUGCAAAAUCACUUUGGAGCUGUGAGAUCAGAAGAGCGCUACAGCGUUGAUGCGGAUCUUCUCAGAGAAAUCAAACAACACUUGAAACAGCAGCAGGAAGGUUUAAGUCAUUUGAUCAGCGUCAUCAAGGAUGACUUGGAAGACAUCAAGCUCAUAGAGCACGGGCUCAGUGACAGUGGACACAUGAGAGGAGGCAUCCUGAGCUGAGUCUGUCCUACCAAGACAUAAAUAUGCUGUGAGUCAAUGUCUGUCUGCUGAGAAUUGGCACAUUUGACACCCAGAUGAGUUCAAACAUCCUGUUUGUUAUGGCAUUGGAUUAAUCUUCAAGCAGUCUCUCAUCUUAAGGUUUGAUAACAGAGGGGCAUCUAAAUUUAGAGCGUUUACUCUAUCAACAUUUUGGCAGGUCUAUCAGGACUUUGCCUCUCUAUCUGUACCACCAAAACAGUGACUCGUUAAUCUGGUGCUUUCUGGACUGAUAAAGACAGCUCAACAUCAUCUAAUAAUAGCUGGCUUCCCUUAUGGUAAAUCAGAUUAUGGAUAGGAGGCUACGAAUUUGACUGGCAUGUAAACAAGUCUUGGUGUUGUGCUUGAAUACAAUGUAAAUACAUCUUUGGUUUUUAUGUUUUAGUUACAAUAUUAAUAAAUUUCAUUUAAAGAGCAAC